UGAGCCAUACAAAUCGUACACAUAUUACGUCAUUUCCGUUGUUACUAAAAACGCGCCAAAUAGUGUCGCAUUGUUCGCUCAUAUAGAGAAAUUAUUUAGCAAAAAUGACAAAGUGGUCUUUAGAAAAAGUGAUUUUAGAUUAAAUUAAUACAGUUAAAAAAUAUAAAAUAAAAAAAGAAUAAAAAAAAGGAAAUGAGUAACUUUCGGUCCCCAAUGCGCUGUAUUUCUCCUAAUGCAAGGGUUUUGACUGCCAAACCUCAAGUGGAACAAACACUCGACAUAAGGCAAGCCCAAAGUAGAGCAAGAAACAGUAUCACGUGGUUUUUUGUCAAUAGUUCUUUACUUGGAAUCCUCGUCUUUGAUAUAUUAUAUGGAGGUGCAGCGUAUAAACCAUUUUGUUGGACAGAGUGGUGUUUGGCCUCGAUAUUUGCAUUAAAUGCCCUUUAUCAUAUAACACGUUACACAUGGGCAAAUCUUUCUCUACGUCCAAUUUUGCUAAGCCCUAAGCAAAGACGUUUGUUAGGUGUAUCAGAGGAUGAUCCCCUUUUUAGGAAUGAACUACCAGCAUCACAAAAGGCAUGUGAGCCAAUGGUUCCGUUAAAUUUAUCAUGUAUCAGUUUCAAUAGAAGAAUGAGUCUUGGUUCUACCGGAUUAAGCGAAUCUAAGGACUUUUCAUCAUCAAAUCCAUUUUUUAAAUAUGGUAGUCCUACAUCACAAAAAUCAACGUCCAGCCCUAAUGGAUCUUUCAAUAAAUCUCUCAAUGUUUCAACAAAUGGAAAUCUAACUGGUGAAGAUUUGAUUCAAAAUGAGAAGGAAUUAAAAAAUUACUUGGAGAAAGCAUGUCAAAAAAAGCAUGUUCUAUCAACGGAUAUUGAUCAGCCUUCUAAUUUACUUAGUUCAUUUUGGUCGCAUCCAGCAAUUAGAAGUCCUGGAGAAGUCUCGUCAUUAUUAAGAAGAUGCGCAUACCAACUGGCACCUAUCAUUGAUAAGUCAAAAUCAGUUAGUCCAGGAACUGAAGAGGGCAAUUCACCUAGGGGUAUGUUUGGUGCACCAGAUGUUUGGAGAAAAUAUAGAAUCGAUCCGAUUAAAGUAAACGAAUGGACGGCAAAUCUUCGUAUGUGGAUUAGCAAAACAGUUGUCGAACGUGUAGCAGCGGAAAUUGAUAAUGUUUGUUUGGCACUGGUUCGUCAUGGAUUAAGUGAUUCUCAAUUGGGAUGUGUUGGAUUGCAUAGAUUAAGAAAGCUUGCACAAGCACCAUUUUUGGUCUCUGCUAUUCCUACAUUACCAACUUUGGUGCCUUUCUUAGAACUUUCUAACAACCAGGAAUAUCUAGUUAAGAGAAUCAAAACACUUGCAAAAGGAGGUUCAAUGAGCGAAUUCAAGUGGAAUGGUGGCGGACCUCAUAAUAAUAAGGAAUGGGAUUCCAGUUUACCUACUGACUCGGCGAUAAUCAUGCAUUUAGUAUCAACGUAUAUGGAUACACAACUAGAAGCUCCUUUAGAUCAACCCGAUGCACGACCGUUUACAUCAAGAUACAUGGCUAGAUCAGGAAUGACUUUACCGCGUAGCAAAGGCCCUGUGAUAGUAUGCCAGUCUAUAAAUCCACCACAUUAUAGUUUGGCACAUUCUGGAGAUUCAUCGCCUAACGAUUAUGAGGAAAUACAACAUGGUAGAAACAACUUAUUUCAUACACUUUUGUUAUUUUUAUACAUCGUUAAAACAAGAAAUCAUGGUAUGUUGGGUCGUGUUAAUUUAGGUACAUCAGGUAUAAACGUUUUAUGGGUAAUCGAUAGUUAAACACUCGGUUCAGUCUAACAAAUGACAAUAUUACGUCACAAAUAUUUGAUUGUGUGUCAUUUUUCUGUGCUUUAACUGUUUGUUUCCAAUGAUUUAUUUAUUACUUUGUACUUUUCACGCGUAGAAUCACUAUCAACGUAUUUUCUAUUCUUUUUUUUCUUUCUACGUUUGCUUUGUUACAAGCGAGAAAAUUCUGCCCGCGCGCACAAGUGCGCGUGUAUGUACAAAUAUAUAUAUAUAUAUAUCUAUCUCACGAUAUAUCGUUUACCUGUUGUGUCGUCGUCAAUCAGCGGAAUAAGCAAAAAUCUAUAUUUUGAUACUACGGAUGUUUUAUUCACAGUAUUUAAGUAUAUGUACAAAUAAAUCAUAAACCAAGAUCCGCAUCUGCUGAAAGUAAAUUUUUAAUACGCUGCAAUAGUAUUAUAAUUGCAGUUUUGUAAGCCUAGUUUCACUUUACAAAUUUUAAUGUAAUGUGUCCUACUGAAUAUGCAUAUGCACGUAUGACAUAACAAAUACCACAGAAUUGUUUCACGGGAUUCUUGAAACUGGGAUAAUCUUAUUAAAUAAAUGCCUCAAUCUAACGGACCAUAAAAGGGAUCUGCAUUCGUAUUUGCGUUCCAUCGAUAUCGUACUACAUUAGGAAUGCGAUUACUUUCAACGAUACUAUUAACGUCACAUAAUUUUUAUACAAUCUUGUGAUUCUUUUUUGUCCUUUUGUUGUAAUUUAAUAAUCAGAAAUCCAUACUUUGUAAAAAAUUAUGUUGCACUUUUCGUACAAUUUAUAAUACAUUCUUUGGAUAAUAGUUUCUAUACGUUUAAAAUCAAUCGGUAUAUACACCAUAGUUAUAUGCCUUG